UCACAGCAUCUCAGACAGGCUUGCAAAGCUGGCAGCAUGGAGACCCUUGUGUGGAUGAAGCUCCUGACUGUCUUCUCGCUAUUGUCCGGCCAGAUUGCGAUUACAGCAGCAGGACCACUGGUGUGUGAGACCUACGGAAGUGGUAUCAUCCAGCCCUUAUAUGACGACCCAUUUUACGUGAGAACCAGCUGUGCUUCUGAAUUCAUCAGCUUCACCUACGGAAAGGUGGAUUGCCGUAUCACUUUGACCCGAGACGAUGGUCUGAUUGUCAGAGCUGUGAUUGACAUUAACCAAAUGAAGAUGGUCCUUGAAAAUGGCACUGUCCUUGUAGAGGGCAACAGUGUCACCCUUCCAUAUGAUGACAUGUACCUGCAUAUCUUCCAAUACGGCAUCUACACCAAACUAACAAGCAGAAUCCUCCCUGCAUCUACAUCCAUCAUAUGGUACAAUGAGAACAGUAAGAUCACCACCUUUCGGGUGGAGCUGGAUGACAAACAAGUGUCUGUAACUUCAGGAUUUUGUGCGGAUACUGACAUGAAGAAUAUCAUUUCUGAUAGUUCUUGUUUGACAACAACUAUCACACCUGCCGAAUCAACGGAUUGUGAUUAUACAUCCGAUGUUGUUGCCUGUCGACUUGAUAUUUCCAUAGAAACUUUAAUGGAUCUUUGCCUAAUGAAUAUUGCGGAUAUAAGCAAAACAAACGAAAAGAAUGUACUCUGUUCAUAUUAUCAUGAAAACGUGCAAAGCUGUGACCUGGACAGCAAUAACCAAUUUCCAAUAGGAAACUACAUAGUUAAUACCUGGAGGACACAGACAGGCUGCCCACCACCAACCUGCCCUGGUAACCAACAGUUUCGGGAGUUUGGCAACCCCUUUUCACCAACGUGUUCCAAUCCCACUCUGGACACAAGCACCCAAAAAAAUAUCAGCACGUGUGUAUGCCCAAAAGGGAUGGUUCUGAAUGACCUUCAAGGGCUACAGAACUGUGUGGCUGUGAAGGACUGCCCAUGUACAUACGCAGGAAAGUUAUAUAAGCCUAACGCACGGAGAAGCAAGAAAUGCGGAUCAUGCACAUGUGAGAGUGGAAAAUGGAAUUGCAUCGAACAGCCCUGUCCCUCAACCUGCGCAAUCACAGGAGAGUCUGUGAAGACUUUUGAUGGUGUUCAGUACAGCCUGCCUGGAUGGUGCACUUAUGUAGCCUCGGGGAGCACAUGGACUUUAUCCAUUCAGCUGGCAGAGAAAACCGCUUCCAUCAAAGAAGUUUCUCUAAGAAUUCAACAGGAAACUUAUACAUUCAGCAAGAUGAGUGUGAGAGUUGAUGGGGAAGAUAUCAAGGAUUUCCAUCAGACUGAAAAUGUGACGGCAUUCUGGCAGUCUUCUACAUAUGUUCAACUGCACACUUCAUUUGGCAUGAACGUUCAAGUCCAAGUAUCGCCAAAUAUCAAAGUCUACAUAACAUCACCAUUAACUGAGAAAGGCCAAACUAAAGGAAUCUGUGGGAACUACAAUGGCAACACCAAUGAUGAAUACAUUUUGUCCUCUGGAAUAACGUUGAGCUCUGCAGAGGCGUUUGCCAAGUCCUGGUCGCAGGGCGACUGCCCGGACAAAGACAAGAAAGACUGCUCUUCCAUAGACACAGAAGCCUGCCAGUAUCUGAAGGAUCCCACAGGAAUAUUUGCUAGGUGCCAAAGUGUGGUAUCAGCUGAACGAUAUUCCCAGGACUGCACAGAAAGCUUAUGCCAGUGCACCGGCACCCAGGAGGAGUGUCUAUGUGUGGCCCUGGAGAGUUAUGCCAAGGCUUGUGCCAAUCAGGAUUCCCCGGUGGGUGACUGGAGGAAGGCUACAAACUGCCCUAUAAAGUGCCCCAACAAUCAGAGGUUUGACUACGACACUCAGGCCUGUAAUCAUACCUGCCGGUCUCUGUCGGGCCCCGAC